AUGGCAGCUCCUCAUCGGCGCCGGCGUGCUCCUGCCUCUCUGCGCAUCGACGCCCCCUCUCUUGCUCUCCCCCUCGCCAUCGCUCUCGCCGACGAAGACUCUUCUACUACUCUUUCUUCUGCAGAUUCAGACUAUCCCCCUUUUCAUGCCCAGCCCGAAGACAGGUCAUCGAGGAAGAACAUGAAAAAGCUCUCCCUCACCCUCCGCAGCAGCCCCGCACCACUAGACCCGCCUCUCCCCGUCAGUCCAGUCCCAGCAGACACCCGUCGAAGGCCCUCUGUCAUUUCCCUUCCCGCUCCUACUCCCACACCCGCCUCUCUUAUCCAUCGCAAGGACGAGGACGGCCCCUCAGACGCUGCUCCCUAUGCCAACGGUCCAAUUCAGAUCAUCCCUGGCAUCUGGAUCGGCUCAGAGGACAAUGCCCGUGACUGGAAGUGUCUCGUCGAGCGCGGAAUCAGGUCUAUUCUCAAUGUAGCAAAGGAGGUCCUUCUUCCCUUCGACACACCCAUCCCAGCCACCCCGCUGCGUCUCGCAGCAUCUACUCCCAACUUUAGGAACCGUCCACCCAAGGACGACCCUACUUAUUAUCCGGCUCAUCUUCCCAGCGGAAGACCUGCCAUGCAUUAUCUCAAGCUCCAGUGGUCCCAUGGCCAGCAGAAUCUUGUCGAUGAUGGCUUCAAGGCAGGCAUGGCCUUUGCAGACGCUGCCCUCAGUCGUGGCGAGGGCUGUUUGAUUCAUUGUCAAUGUGGCAUCUCUCGAUCUGCAACAAUGGUGAUCGCUCUCGUCAUGCGGGCUGCUGCAGAGCGUCACACGUCUGUCCCUCCAGAGGUCUGGUCCCUACAGGGCAUGCAGGGCGCAUAUACUUUUGUCAAGGAAAAAAGUCCACAUGUUGGACCCAAUAUGUCUCUCAUUUAUCAGCUUUUGGAGUAUGAGAAAAAGCUGAGGGGAGACAAGGCUUCCCCUUCAGAUUCGGACGGCUCAUCCGACGACGAAGAAGAAUGGGGCCGUCGUCGUCAAAUGCUCGACGACGCUUCCGACAAUGAAGCCGACGAGCGAGAGAGCCACAUUGUCAUGCAAGAGGCCAAAGCUCUCGACAAGGCCAUGGAGGACCGCAUUGUCGCCCGAAAGUCUUCGGCAUCUUCCAUGAGCUCCACCGGGUCCGGUAUUGGUAUGGGUCCCGCGUGGAGGAGUCGCUAUGGCUCCCGCAAGCGCACUGGCUCCGUUGCAAGUAAUCAGACUAACCAGAGUUUCUGGAGCGAAGAUCUCGUUGAAGAAGACGAAGAGCAGGAACUAUUGGGUACUGGCGGUGCAUUUGACUCGGAAAGCAGGCUCGACCGUGCUUCAUUGACGGCGACCUCUUCGCCAGAGGACGAGCAACAUGAUUCGACGCCUCGCAACGAGUCUUUGAUGGCGCUCCAUGGCCCAGCCACCGCCCGUCCUCCUCCUUCAGCGCCUGUUUGGAAAUCAUCCUUCAACAUCCCCCCUCCGCCUAAAACAGCCGUCCGCUCUACGUUUGACAUUCCACCACGGCCCAAACCAAGGGGUAAGCCGCGCCCAAUGGGGCUCAGCCUGCUCCCUGUCGUCCCAUCUUCUCCCGUGACCCUUGUCAUCGAAACUGAAAGUUCAGAUGAAAACGAUCACCAGCCCGGCCCGCCCCCAACGCAACAGCCACCCCCUGCGAAGCCUACUCUACCUCUCCCACCCGUCCGCCAGCGGGCCGAGUCCCGCAAGCUUGUCCCCCCACCAUUGCAUCUACGCAGCAGUGUUCUGCGCCGCGCCUCCUCAUCCAGCACCAGCACUACAGGCUCUGCCGAUGUUGCAGGUCUAUCCACGCCCUCUCAGACCCUCUUCGUCUUCCCACCUUCCCCCACGCUGACGACCCGCACUCCCUCGACCAUGACUUUGACGUCCAAUUUUGCUGGUCCGGUGCCCUUUCCCAGCCUGUCAACCCCCCGGGUAUCGACUUUCCAUUCAAAAGGCCGCACACGGUCGUUCAUUGGCCUUGGCGCGCCACCAACUCCCACUGUCGCAUUUUCCAAAGUGGAUGUGCGUGGGUAUGUCGGCCUCGAGUGA